AUGACUGCAGUAGCAAGUAAUCCAAUGGAUUUCGAAGAAGAAGCUCGAAAAGCUCGUGAAUAUUAUAUGUAUGGUGAUUAUCAAAAAGGUGUGACAUUUUAUCAAAUAGCUAUUGAUAAACUUCGACGUUAUUGUCAAACAUUAUCAAAUCCAGUUGAAAAAAAACGUGGUUCAGAGUGUAUCGCGGAACUUGAACGAGAACUUCGAUCAACUGCAGAACAUGAUCGAAUGAUUAGAGAAAUUCAAACAAAUUUAUUAUCAAAAUAUAUUAGUAACGAUAGGAAAGCAGCCGGUGGUGAUGCGUUUAGUAAUAUAAAUGAUAAUGAUCGUUUUAAUAAUCUAGCAUUUGGUGAACCACCAGUACGUGAUUUUGGUUUUGAUCAUCGAAAUCCAAUUCAUGCACCUCAACCACGUCAACCACCUGUUUCUCGUCCUCAACCCGUACAUCGUGAUCAAAGACCAGCGAGCAAUGAUAAUAAUAAUAGAGGGCGAAGAGUUCCAUCAAGUGUUCCUGAUAAUAAACAAAAACAACGUGAUAAUAAAGCUGUUAAUAAUAAAGAAGAAAAAAAAUAUGUACCUAUAGCUUCCGAAAAAGAUCUAGUUGAAGGUUUAGAACGUGAUAUUGUGCAAAAAAAUCCAAAUAUUAAAUGGAAAGAUGUUGCUGGUUGUACAGCUGCGAAAAAAUUAUUACAAGAAGCUGUUGUAAUACCACUUGUUGUACCAGAAUUUUUCAAAGGUCUCCUUCGUCCAUGGAAGGGUAUUCUAUUAUUUGGUCCUCCUGGUACGGGAAAAACUAUGUUAGCUAAAGCAGUCGCAACAGAAUGUAAAACAACAUUUUUUAAUAUAACUGCCGCGAAUUUAACAUCAAAAUAUCAUGGUGAAGGUGAAAAACUUGUUCGUGUACUUUUUGAAUUAGCAAAAUUCUAUGCUCCAUCAACAGUAUUUAUUGAUGAAAUUGAUUCUUUAUGUUCAACACGUGGUGCAUCGAAUGAACAUGAAGCUGGUCGAAGACUUAAAUCUGAAUUACUUAUACAAAUGGAUGGUGUAACCGGUGCUGUUGGAGGUGAUGAUGCAUCGAAACUAGUCAUGAUACUUGGUGCAACAAAUCAUCCUUGGGAUCUUGAUGAUGCAAUGCGGCGACGUUUAGAAAAACGUAUUUAUAUUCCAUUACCCGAUACAGAAACACGACAACAAUUACUUGAAAUUAAUCUUGGAGAGAUGAAAAUUGCCGAAGGUGUUAGUUUAAAUGCAGUUGCAGAUAAACUUGAAGGUUAUUCAGGAUCAGAUAUAACCGGUGUUUGUCGAGAUGCAGCUAUGAUGCAAAUGCGUCGUGCAACUGAAAAUUUAAGUAUAACACAAAUUCAAGAACAAGCUCAAGUUCUUAAAGAAAAAUUUUUAUCACCAAUAACAAUGGAUGAUUUCGAAAAAGCUUUAUCGAAAAUUUCAUCAUCGGUUUCAGUAGACAUGCUGAAGAAAUAUGAAGAAUGGAUGAAAGAAUUUGGUUCAGUUUAA